UUAAUAUAAAUGGUUUGAAAAAAAAACAAAUAGAGAGAGAGAGAGAGAGAGCGAGAGAGAGAGCGAGCGAUGGCUGAGGAAGAGAUUAGAGAGUCCGUUAGUAAGGCUAAGGAGGAGGAUUUAGGUCUCUCUCGAGCGAUUCCAUCUAACCAAGACGGAGAGUGUGAUGAAAAUUUUUUGGAGAUCGUUCUUGAUGUCGUCGACGUGUUGGGUCUCUUUCCUCGGCAACCUCCGUCUGCUCCAGCGAUUCCAUCGGCUCGUCGCCGUGUAGCGGGGAAGAAGAUAGAAAUACGGUCCACAAAUGAUUUGCAGCUGUUAGGGAUGAAGGAUCGCCCCGAUUUCCCUGUACCUGUAAUCCUCGAUCGUAUAUAUAAGCUGGUGGAUGAUCCUUCACCGGAUUCAAUCAUCUCAUGGAGCAAAAGCAACAAGGGUUUCGUCAUCCGUAAUCAGGAAAAGCUAAUCCGCAGAAAGAUUUAUAAGAGAUUCUUUUGCAGCUCGUUCAAAACGUUUAUCUCCAUGCUUAAGCAUUAUGGCUUUAGCAAAAUUAAGAGGUCAGAUGGGCUACGGGAAUUCGGCAAUGAGAAUUUUGUGAGAGGUCAACCUAUGCUUAUGAAGGAGAUGCAUAUCAAAACUGUGAUGAAGAGGGUUAACAAAGAUCUUAAGCCACGGUGCUAAAGCGGAAAUAGAAGAUCGCUUGCCAAAACUUUAAGACUUUGAUCAGAAUCUCAUGCUUGUUCCAGUUGCUUUCUUGUAUCAAGAAUUUAGUUGGCUUUGUUUGUAAAUUGGUUUUGAAAGUUCAUUUACAAAUCACUAGUUCAAUAACAUGAGAUUUUAAAAGGUUUUUUAAAAUUCAUGUUUGAAUAACACAAGAUUUGUGAUUUUUAUACAAA